AAGAAGAUAUAAGAAGGGUUUUCUCUACCUGCAGGCGGUUUUAAUUGUUUUGGGGGAGCGGAUGACUCCUCUCCGCUUGGAAAAUCUGAAUAACAACCCAAAAGAAGUUAAAAAACUUCCUCAAAGUUCUAAAAGAUUCUCAAUAUCAACAAAUCAGCAUUUCAAUUCACAGUUUUUUUUGGAAGAGAAAGAAAAACUUGCUGCAGAAUUGACAUUUUCCAGUUUUGAAUUUUCUUUUUGGGUUUCUUCGGCUGUAUGACAAUGCAUUAAUGUCUCACUUAAAGCGGCCCAUUAUCGGCGGGGGCAACAACAACAGCAAUAGCAGCGGCAAUAAUAUCAGUGUUGGUAAUAGUCCGGCUAUGAAAAAACCUAAGUCACAGCAGUCGGUUAUGUACUCUUUCGAUAAAAAUGGAGUUCAACAUUAUGCUUCAGCGGAGGACGGGAUGCUCGUGGAUCUCAAGAACGACGGGUCCUCUGCGUCUACGACCACCACCGCUGCCAAUUUGUCGCGGAAGAAGGCUACCCCACCGCAGCCCGGAAAAAAAUUGGUCAUCAAACCCUUUAAAGAGAAACCAAAGAUACCGACUAAUUUUGAAGAGAUUACCUGGGCAAAACUUAAAGAAGCUGUUACUGCCAUUCAUUUGAAGCAACCAGUGUCUUGCAGCCUUGAGGAACUUUAUCAGGCUGUAGAGGACCUUUGUCUACACAAAAUGGCAGGGAAUCUUUACAGUCGGCUUCAACAGGAAUGUGAGGCAAACAUCUCUGCAACAUUACAGUCUUUGGUUGGGCAGAGUCCUGAUCCUGUAGUGUUUCUGUCACUUGUAGAAAAAUGUUGGCAGGAUCUUUGUGAUCAGAUGCUGAUGAUUCGUAGCAUUGCUCUAUACCUUGAUCGCACAUAUGUUAUACAAACAUCAAAUAUUCGUUCACUUUGGGACAUGGGAUUGCAACUAUUCCGGAAGCACCUAUCCUUAUGCACGGAGGUUGAACAUAAGACAGUAACUGGCCUUUUGAGAUUAAUAGAGAAAGAGAGGAUGGGUGAAGCAGUUGAUAGGACUCUUCUGAAUCAUCUUUUGAGGAUGUUCACUGCCCUAGGUAUUUAUGCGGAUAGUUUUGAAAAACCAUUCCUUGAGGGCACUGCAGAGUUUUAUGCAUCUGAGGGUGUGAGAUAUAUGCAGCAAUCUGAUGUUCCUGAUUACUUGAAGCAUGUUGAGGCUAGAUUGCAUGAAGAGCAUGAACGCUGCUUGCUUUACUUGGAUGCAAUAACUAGAAAACCUUUAGUAGCCACUGCAGAAAAGCAACUCUUGGAGCGUCACAUCUCUGCAAUUCUGGAUAAGGGAUUCAAUUUGCUAAUGGAUGCAAAUCGCAUUUCCGACCUUCAACGAAUGUACUCCCUGUUUUCAAGGGUGAAUGCUCUUGAGUCACUGCGGCAGGCUCUCAGUGCAUAUGUUAAAGCUACUGGACAUGGAAUUGUAAUGGAUGAAAUGAAAGAUAAAGAUAUGGUGUCUUCACUCCUAGACUUGAAGGCUCGCCUUGAUACAAUAUGGGAAGAUAGCUUUUUCAAAAAUGAAGCAUUUUCUAAUACCAUCAAGGAUGCCUUUGAACACCUCAUUAACCUUCGUCAGAAUCGACCCGCAGAACUUAUUGCUAAGUUUCUUGAUGAGAAGCUUCGAUCUGGUAAUAAGGGUACUUCAGAGGAGGAGCUGGAGAAUACUCUGGAUAGGGUUCUGGUUUUGUUCAGGUUUAUUCAAGGAAAAGAUGUAUUUGAAGCAUUUUAUAAGAAGGAUCUUGCUAAAAGGUUGCUCUUGGGUAAAAGUGCAUCUAUUGAUGCAGAGAAGUCAAUGAUUUCUAAGCUUAAGACAGAGUGUGGUAGCCAGUUCACGAACAAACUUGAGGGAAUGUUCAAGGAUAUUGAAUUAUCGAAGGAGAUCAAUGAGUCAUUCAAACAGUCAUCACAGGCAAGGACAAAGCUUCCAUCAGGAAUUGAAAUGAGUGUGCAUGUUUUAACAACUGGGUAUUGGCCGACAUAUCCACCAAUGGAAGUUAGUCUUCCUCACGAGCUUAAUGUUUAUCAGGACAUCUUCAAAGAAUUUUAUUUGAGUAAGUAUAGUGGCCGUCGUUUAAUGUGGCAAAAUUCUCUAGGCCACUGUGUUCUCAAAGCAGAAUAUCCAAAAGGCAGAAAGGAACUUGCUGUGUCUCUUUUUCAGACUGUUGUUUUGAUGCUCUUUAAUGAUGCACAAAGGCUAAGCCUUCAGGAUAUUAAGGAUGCAACCGGCAUAGAAGAUAAGGAGCUCCGGAGGACUCUACAAUCUCUUGCCUGUGGAAAAGUCAGGGUUCUCCAAAAGCAACCCAAGGGAAGAGAUGUAGAGGAUGAUGACCAAUUUUUGUUUAAUGAGGAUUUUAAUGCACCACUUUUCCGGAUAAAGGUUAAUGCAAUCCAAAUGAAAGAGACUGUAGAAGAGAAUGCAAGUACUACAGAACGAGUGUUCCAGGAUCGUCAAUAUCAGAUUGAUGCUGCAAUAGUGCGUAUUAUGAAGACGCGGAAAGUGCUUAGUCAUACGCUUCUGAUUACAGAGCUUUUUCAACAGUUAAAGUUCCCAAUCAAGCCUACAGAUUUGAAGAAAAGGAUUGAAAGCCUUAUUGAUAGGGAGUAUCUGGAGAGAGAGAAGAGCAAUCCUCAAAUAUAUAAUUACCUUGCGUAGGCAGCUAUCCUGAUAGGAGUAUCUUAAGUCAGGUGAAAGUAGUCAUUGCCUUUAUUACCUUGUUUAGUGGGGUAUCUUGAUAUGCUUUUUGCUAAGUCAGAACUUUAUAUUGAGCUUAUCUCCUUAUCAUAAUGGUAUAUACAGAGAGCUCAUUAUAACUAUCUUCACUGUAUGCUUAGCAACAAUGACAACAUGGUGGAUAGAGUGCAUAUCGUUGUCACAGAUUGCCUUGCAAGUACAUGAAUCAUAAAAUACUUUAAUAUUUGUAACCCAUUGCUUGAAAAGCGCUGCUGUAAAACACACAUUUAAUGGUUUUUGAGUUUUGGUUGCUGGUAUAGGAAAACAUUUUCUGAAUGUGAGGCAUGGUGGACUGUGACUGGAAGUGAGGUAUAUGAUUAAAGUGGGAUUUGGUGGUCACAAUUUUUAAUUAAUUGUGAAGCCUUGAAUCCAAGAGCCCAUCUUAAUUAACUGUACAGAAUCUUGGCAUCUUUUCCAAUGUAAAGCAGGAGGGUUGAAUUUUUUGAUGCAUGUAUGGUUUAAAUAAUGUCAGAACACGAGUAUUGGCAUUCCUUCUCA